AUGAGAGUUGACGAGCGCGCUGAUGAGGAUCUACCGAUCGUGAAGAAUCGAGUGGGGAGCAGCGCGCUGGUAGCAGCGCGAUCGACCUCAUCGAGAGGUCCCCGAUGAUCCAGCACCUGAGGCCACCACGACCAGUCAACGAACGCCGCUCGACACUCCAAAUCCCAGCGGAGUGGGGGAACCUUCAGGUUAGAUAAACACGACACUCAGACCCCGUCUCUGCAUGUGUUUCCGCUCUGGGAGGGAGAAACCGAGAGCGAACGAGAGACCGGAAUUUGGGAGUUACAAAUUACAACGCCAAUACCCUCGUCCCUCUUGUCCUACGAGUCAUUCACCCAAUGGCCAUCGGCGCGACGGCAACACGCUGCUGCCGAUCACCGAUCCUCUUGGAUUCGACGUGCAACGGACAACACUCGUCCCGAGCCGAGAGGUGUCUCUUGCCCGUUUUAUCUCAUCCGACCAAACACUUUUUUAUUUUCGUUCCACUCGUGGUGAAAUUUUCAGUGUUUUUCUUCCCCGGGUAACAUUCGCGUUGCUGGUUUAUCGCGGUACACGUUGUCUUUAAUCGGUGUUCGAACGAGCGGUGUGCGUCAGCGAACGAUCGCCGAGCCGAGAGACAUUCGGAUCAAACGUGACUCCGAUCCCGAGUGCGUGUCCUCCUCGCUGUUACCGAUCGGCUAUCUCCCGAGGAUCGAACAAUGAAAUAUCGCUCAUAAAAGGUGACGCGACUCCUCGUUUCGAGCCAGUUUUCCACUCGGAUACACGCUCCGGGCUUUGACAGCUCGAAAAUAAAAGUCGCGUGUGCGCGGGUUCGUGACAAGUGUUGAGUUCGCUCAUCGACACCGAAUAGUUCAGUAUUUUCUUAAUUCCUCAUCCGCUUCUCUUGGGACUAGAGGAAUCGAAGGUUACGAAGAAGAAUUUCAUCGCUCGAUGCUGCCCCUGUCAAGUGCGACGGAUAAGCAUUCGGGCAAUCGAUAAAAACACUUAAUUAUAUUGUGCCAAAGUAACUAUUGCCAGUGGCGAUCGCUCCAAUGGAAUAUAUCGUGUGAAACGCUCACCGCGCGGCUAAAGUAAUCCGUGCAACAGCCAAUUGGUUCGACAGUUUCGCUUCCGUGAUCAACGGGCACGGAUGAUAUUCGUUCCCUCUUCGUGCUCAUAGAUCCAGUCGCAUUUUCGCACCCCACCAACAGCAUCAAGAUGAAUCAACAGUGCAAAGUGUGCGGAGAGCCAGCAGCGGGAUUCCACUUUGGGGCAUUUACCUGCGAAGGUUGCAAGUCUUUCUUUGGGAGAUCGUACAACAACCUGAGCAGCAUAUCCGAGUGCAAGAACGGAGGGGAGUGUGUAAUAAACAAGAAAAAUCGUACCGCUUGCAAAGCCUGUCGGUUGCGAAAGUGUCUCCUCGUUGGAAUGUCGAAAUCGGGCUCGCGCUACGGGAGGAGGUCCAACUGGUUCAAGAUCCAUUGUUUGCUGCAAGAACAGCAGCAGCAGCAGCAGCAGCAACAACAGCAUCACCAACAACAGCAACAGCAACAUCAGCAGCAACAACAACAACAACAACAGCAGCAGCAGCAUCACGGACAGAGGCUCCAGCAGCAGCAGCAGCAGCAGCAGCAUCAUCAAAUUCAACAUCAAUUCCAUCAGCAACGACAAAGGAGCAGUCCGUCGAUGAGCCACCUCCACCAUCAUCCGGGCCAACAGCAGAGAAGCAAAGAAGAAGCGGCUCUGAUGCUGGGACUGGAAGACUACAAAAACUCGACUUCGCCGAGCAUAAGUUCCCCGGAGUCGCACAACAGUGACAGCUCCGUGGAGGUUUCCGAGCGGAGAGCCGCCUACGGCCUCCAUCCCGGCUUCAGACCCCUGCACCCGGCGCACCUGCAUCCCCCCCCACACCCCGAGCUCUCGGGCAUCGGCAAAGAGAUGAUGAAUCUUCCCCUCGGUUUUCAUCUCGGUGGGAUGCCCCUGGUGCCGCCGAGUUUCCACCUUCCACCGCCGAGUUUGAGCAUUUUUUCUCCUUAUUUGUACGCCGCAGCGGCAGCGACGGCCGCAGCUCCGGCUCCCCGUGCCUCGAGUCACCACCCGAUCGGACUGACGAGAACGUCCUCGCCCGUCAGCAGCAGAACCGCCGCGACGACCCCCGCGCCCUUCCCGCCCGCGGACGAACCUUCGAAUAACAAUAAUAACAAUAACGAGCAAGAGGAGGACGACGAAGGCGAGGAAUGCGAGGGAAACGCGAAUAACAAUAACAACAAUAGUCGGAACGCGAGGAACCAGAACGUCGGAUGCACCGAAAGAUUGAACGACUCGCCGAGGCUCCACCCGGCACCGACGGAAACGUGCAACAAGCGUUUUUACCUCGACGCCAUACUCAAGAGCCAACAAGCUCCCUCCAUCCGCUCCUCACCCUCGAGCAAAACGCUCUCUGGUAAUAAUUCCCCCAGGACCAGCCCCGAAAGGGAUUUCAACGUCGCGCCUCCCCAGGACAAUCCGAUGGACUUGUCCAUCCGGUCGAAGCUCCUUCUCGAGAGCGAAGAGAGCGAGGACGAUCGAGGCGACGUCGACAUGAGCGAAAAUCACAGCGACGAUGAGGGCCCGCCCCUUAAAAGGAGACCCAUCGACCUCACGACGCGAGCUUAGACGAGCAAAUAGCGAAAAAUUUAUCGCCCCUCCUUGCCGAUGUCACCGGAUUGAAACGCGACCCACCGUAAUCAACAACGAUCCCAACAAAACCUAAUAAAUAGACGAGAGGAGAAACGCGAGGCGUGUUACGCACGUGCUUCCCCCGAUCCGCGAACGCGUGUCGUCGCAAAAAGCAUCCGCGCGAAAGCGCCUCUCCAACGAGGCUCUUAAUCUCCCGGUAGUUCAGGUACUUGGACACCUGCCAAUGCGCGAUAGCGAUACGCCUCAAUCGAGAGCCGCAACACGCCUCGAGAUCAGGAGCUUCUUCUUAUUUGAUUUUGUCGACUGAUCGACUCUCAACGGCACAGGAUCUUCUACGAGAACGUUUAACUCGAGUAAUUCUCACCCACAAGAAAUUAUAACGAUGAACGCACUUUUCAUACAAUAUUUCAACGCAGCAUUUCAUUUUGCCCCUAUCGACCGAAGCACCGCUUCGUCAAAGUCGCACUUCGAACUGCCCUACGGACAAUAUUUAUCCCGCUUACCUCCAUGCUCCGGUGCUUCUUGUUGCCCCGGAUGCGUAUAUAAACUCGUCGAAUCGAACACGAGUUCGCUCUUAGGUCGAGGAAACGAUAUCGGAAACGUGUUCGCCUCGAUU